AUGAUGAUACUUUGCUCUGAUGAUGUUCGUCAUCGAGAAUGUUCCAGUGAAGCCAAUCGACAGUUGGUCAAGAGGAAUCCGCUGUCGUCUUCUGGUAGGAUCGACCUUCGAAUCUCUUCACGCAACACUUUCCCUCGAAAUGGAAGUCAGCUCAGCAAUUGUGAAACAAGAGAUUCCUCGAAACCUAACUUUUCUUCGCAUAUCCUAUUAGCAAUCCGUGUUUCGAAGCAAUAUUCAGUAUUUUGCGAAAAAAGUCAUCUUUCAGUCCGGCCUCAGAUCCUCUACGGCGUCGACGUGUCGCGGACUGUGUUGGCCCCCUUCGAGAGUGUGCACUUGGGCCGAUAA